GGCCCGCAACGGGGGGCCCUGCGCUGCCCUCCCUCUCCCUGUGGCCUUCUGCUUCUUGUUGUGUCUGUCGCCUCCGGGCGGUUGAAAUUAACGACGCCCAGACCGCGACGAGCCCCGGGCGGACAGCCGGACACCAGCGUUAACGGCAGUGACACGCCCGACGAAGAAAACAAGCAACCCACCGUACCACGCCCCUCCCCCGUCGGUGGCCAAGCCACAGCUUUGCUCGCUAGCGUAGCGAGCCAACCAGCCUCCGGCAAAGGGAGGAAGCGAGCGAGGAUUCGAUCGGAGCGGGGUGCUUCUCGUCAUCCGCCAGAAGGAGCAUCGAAGAGCCGAGUGGAGGCCGGUCCCGCCACGGCCGGGAUGGUGGUGGCGAGGAAGCAGCAGCAGCAUCCGCCGCCGCUGCACGCCGGCGGCGCGCGUCGGCGGGGAGGCUGUGGCGUGAGGGUCGGGCCCGCGAGGCUGGAGGGCCUCCCCGCCGCGUGGCCGGGCGCCGCCGCCGUCAAGGUCAAGUGGCCCGCGCCCGGGGGCGCGCUCUCGCAGAUGCUCACGGGGAAGUGGGCGCGCGGGGUCACCGCCGUCGAGGCCGUCGGCGCCGGCGGGACCGUCCGCUGGGAGCCGCGCGACGGCAAUCGAUUCAGGCUCGACGUCGUCGACCCCGCCGGCUCCCGUGGACGCCCGGAGCGCGGGGUCUUCUUCUCCGUCCUCUAUGGAUUCCAAGAACAAGGCCGGGGCAAGGAGCUGGUGAGGCUGGAGGAGAUCGGGACAGCCAUGAUAAGCCUGGAGGAGUGCUGCUGGGAGAUGCAACUGCAGCAGCAACGCCAGCAGCUGGUGGUUGUCCCCAUCAGGGUCAGGAAGGACGGAUGGGCAAGUGAUGCCAUGCUUUAUGUGAACGUGGAGCUCGUGGAUGCGAACACGCGCUCUGACAUCGAAAGGGCAGUCUCGUUUAGGGAGAAGCCGAGAACGAACAUGGCGCCACGGCCAACAAUGCGAGAUAGCCGGAAGAGCUUGGAAGCAGCGGCCUACGAUGUUCUUGACCUGAAGCAGCUGCUUGAUCUGGCUGAGAAGGAAGGCCGGGUGGCCGUGUAUGGGAACAAAAGGAACUCUGACACCAGCAGCGUGAGCAGCAUCAGUAGUAGUAGUAGCAGCAGCAGCAGCAGCAGCACGAUCAGUAUCAGCAGUGCUAGCACCAGCGGCGGCGCGAGCCCAGAGCCGGCAUCGACGUCGAAACGCCGGUUCCUGCCAUGGAUGAGGAGGAGCAGGGACUUCGACAAGAGGAGCACCGAGUCGCUCUCCCAAGAACUGUCUAUGAAGUGCAUGGAUGACGAUCCGAUCGGCAGCUGGGAGAUGCGCGAGUUCACGAGCAGGGACGCCGAGACGAAGCUCAAGACGCCGGUGUUCUUCGCGUCCAUCGACCAGCGCGACGACAGCGCCGGCGGGGAGAGCGCGUGCACGGCGCUCGUCGCCGUCCUCGCGGCGGCGCUCCACGCCAACCACCCGACGAUGCCCACCCGGCCGGAGCUGGACGCGCUCAUCCGGGACGGCUCGUCGGAGUGGAGGAAGCUCUGCGACGACGAGGCGCACAUGGCGCAGUUCCCGAACCGGCACUUCGACCUGGACACCGUCCUCGCGUCCCGGACGCGGCCCAUCGCGGUGCAGCACGACAGGGCCUUCGUCGGCUUCUUCCAGCCUGAGAGCUUCGCGUCGCUGUCCGGCGCCAUGUCGUUCGACGACAUCUGGCGCGAGAUCAGCGGCGGCGAACGCGAGCCGGGCCGCGCCGACGUGUACAUCGUCAGCUGGAACGACCACUUCUUCGUGCUCAAGGUGGAGAGCGACUGCUACUACAUCAUCGACACGCUCGGCGAGAGGCUGCACGAGGGCUGCGACAAGGCCUACAUGCUGAGGUUCGACGGCUCGUCGGAGAUGCAGGCCGAGGGCACACAGGAGGUGAUCGUCACCGGGAAGGAAUGCUGCAGGGAGUUCAUCAAGAGAUUCUUGGCCGCCAUCCCGCUCAGGGAGGAGCUGGAGAUGGAGAAAAGGGGCGCCGGCAGCAUCGACGGUGGUGGCGCGCCGCACCGGCGGCUGCAGAUCGAGUUCCACUUCACAGUCCUACGAGACGACGAUAGGUGAUACGACAGCAGUUGGGGGAUGUUCCUUCCUCCCUGAUUGCAGCAUUGUACUAACAUAAUGUAAAUUCAUCUGUAUAUCUGUAUACAGUUUAAAAGGGAAAAAAAAUACAGGGUAGGAUUGUUGGUUCUGGUUUUAUAAUUUUAGAUAGGAAACAAAACAUGAAGAGGAUUACAGAAUACAGAGUGCUGGUCGAGUACUUGUGUGUGUGUGUGUGUUUUGGCUAGGGUUUGGGCUUGAACCUAUCUCAGGAUCAUCCCUGCAAUACCAUUUUGUAAGCUCAGGCCUUGUUUAGUUCUAAAAAACUUUGCAAAAGUUUUCCCCAUCA